CCAGCUGCAGCCAUGAGGUGUCUCCUGCUCACCCUGGGCCUGGCCCUCCUGUGUGGCGUUCAGGCCGUCGAAGUCACCCCGAUCAUGACGGAGCUGGACACCCAAAAGGUGGCCGGGACAUGGCACACCGUGGCCAUGGCGGUCAGCGACGUCUCCCUGCUGGACGCCAAGAGCAGCCCCCUGAAGGCGUAUGUGGAGGGGCUGAAGCCCACCCCCGAGGGCGACCUGGAGAUCCUCCUGCAGAAGCGGGAGAAUGACAAGUGUGCCCAGGAGGUGCUCCUUGCAAAAAAAACCGACAUCCCUGCCGUGUUCAAGAUCAAUGCCCUGGACGAGAACCAGCUCUUCCUGCUGGACACUGACUACGACAGCCACCUGCUCCUCUGCAUGGAGAACAGCGCCAGCCCCGAGCACAGCCUGGUCUGCCAGAGCCUGGCCAGGACCCUGGAGGUGGACGACCAGAUCAGGGAGAAAUUUGAAGAUGCCCUCAAGACGCUGUCUGUGCCCAUGCGGAUCCUGCCAGCCCAGCUGGAAGAGCAGUGCCGCGUCUAGGGGAGCUCCCGCCAUCACCUCCGGGGGGUCCCUCUGGGGAGACAAGAUAUCACCCCACCUCCCCAUCAGCGGAAUCAGGAGGGCCUGGGACCAAGGUCACCCCUUCUGGGACCCGGACCCCUGGGACCCGCCUGGCAUCUCCUGCUCUGGGCCCUUCCUCCUUCAGCAAUAAAAGCAUAAACCAGUGA